AUUUCUCAAUGGUUGCAAAGCUCACAAAAGAGCCAAUCAAACGCAAAUGUAAGGUAACAGAAGAUGGAAAACAGCCUAAGCCCCCCACACCUGAUUCGAAGAGCAAGAUCAGGCAGGCAUUGCGAAUGAAGUGCAACACACUCAUUCGCUACAAUGCUUAUAAAAAAAGUAAUAUAAGCAGACCUCAAAAAACAGAACAACUUGCGCCUGAAAGUUCGCCCCAAARUAAGGAAGCUUAAGACAACAAGUUUGUUAGAGUUUGUUAUUAUAUGUUACCGUUUUUAAAUAGAAAUAAUUGAAUAAUUUUUCAAAUAAAUAAUUGAAGAGAAAACUAAAACAUGGACACCAAAUUAGAAACAACUAUUAAUUUCCAAUUCUAAUAUAAUUAAAGAAUUUAUUAUUUUUAUACAUUUUAUAGUUGAAUCAGCGAUAGUUUUGAUAGUUUUAUAUUUCUGAGAUCAAAGAGCUUUUUUUCAUGGCCAUUGAAAAGGAAAGUUCAAUUUCAGGCAGACUAUACACUAGGUAAUGCAUAAUUGAUAUACACUAGGUAAUGCCUAUUUCUGAACUAGGUAAUGCCUAUUUAUGUACUAGGUAAUGCCUAUUAAUUAUAAGU